AGCAGGUGCCCGAUUCCAGUUGUGAACUGAUCGAGUCUUCCAGUGGAACCAGGGUCUGGUUCACCCUGACGAGCUGAGCUCCACCAUGUCCUCCCAGCAGAGCGCAGCUUCCUCCAAGGGCUUUUCCAAAGGGUGUGCCCAGAGCCCCGCUCCGUGUCCCACUCCCGCACCCGCAGCCUCGUCCUCCUGCUGCGGCUGCUGUGGUUCAGACGGCGGCUGCUGUGGCUCCAGCGGUUGUGGCUGCUUCCCCAGAAGACGCCGCCGACAGCGUCGGAGCGGGUGCUGCAGCUGCUGCGGAGGUGGCAACCAGAGCUCCAGCAACGUCCAGAGCCAAGGCUGCUGUGGCGGCUGCUGA